AUGAAACCUCUCAGAUUACACGACAGCGACCUCGUGAUAUUACCCAUAAACGACAACCUCAAUGUCGAGCUAGCAGAAGGCGGGUUACACUGGAGCUUACUCGUUUACUACAAAGAAGCCAACUCGUUUUUCCAUCACGAUAGCUUUAUAGGAUCGAAUAAAUGGAGUGCGAAGCAGCUCUACAAGGCGGUUUCUCCAUUUGUGUCUGAUGGAGAUGCGACGUAUAGAGAGUGCAGUGAUACACCGCAGCAGAAGGAUGGGUAUGAUUGUGGUGUGUACCUUCUUGCGACUGCUCAAGUUAUUUGUAAAUGGUUUAGCUCUGGAGGAGUGAAGAACCGGGAUGAGCUGUGGUUAAGUGAUGUGAAGGAGACUGUACCGGAUGUGGUUAACAAUUUGAGGGAGGAGAUAUUGGGGAUGAUCAAAAGGUUGAUGUCUGAGAAGAGUGCAGUGAGUAAAUGA